AGUGUGUGUGUGUGUGUGUGUGUGUGUGUGUGUGUGUGUGUGUGUGUGUGUGUGUGUGUGUGUGUGUGUGUGUGUGUGUGUGUGUGUGUGUGAGAGAGAGACAGAGAGAGAGAGAGAGAGAGAGAGAGGGUGAGGGAAAGAGGCAGAGUAAAGAAAAAGGAGAUCCAAAGCGAGAAGCACACACUUUUUUUCUGGAAGAGAGAGAGAGAGAGAGACAAAGACGCAAUUCUAUUUAUGUAUGAUUUGUAGCCUUUUUAAAACACUGCAUGCUUCUGACACAAGUGCCAGGUUGGGGGGCUGGUUGUGUGUGUGCGUGUAUGUUUUUUUGUUGUGUGCAUUGGUCUGUCGCUGGGUGUGUGUGUGAUGGGAAGCCGGGUUCCCGGCCUCCGUGUCCGUCUGGUUUAAAGGGAACAGAAGGGAACAACACAAAGCUAGGGGCUGAAUGUCGCUGCUGCUGGAGAUUUGCUGAACUAGCCUGCCUUCGCUGCUCUGCUCUGCUCUGCCCUAGAUAGCUAACACAACACACCCUCUGGAUAUUACUACUACUUAAUCAGCACCUCUCAGCCUAACCCUGAACACGACGAACGCCGUUACAGAAUCACCCACCACAACAGGACCAAGCGGCGUGGUAACAGGCAACAGCCGCAGCAGGAGCAGCGUAACAAGACUUGCUGGACUUGGGAGGAAAUCCUUGACGGGAGAGGACCCUGGGCUAAACCAGGGGAGUGUAGCCGCCCCAAGGUGCAGCAGGAGAAGGAAAGGACAUGGGAGGACGAGUUGUUCGGAGAAGGACCCUGGGAUCAGUCUGCAGAAUAUCGCCGCACCAAAGAAGAACUGGAGGUGGAGAGAUACUGAGAUGCGCUGGUAUGAGGAGGCAGCGCGGCGACGCGGAUGGAAGCCUGAGGGUCAGCCCCAAAAAUUUCUUGGGGGGGAGGCUCACAGGGAGUAUGGCUACGCCAGGUAGGAGACCUGCGCAAACUUCCUGUGCUUACCGCGGGGCUAAAGAGACCGGGCAGGCACCGUGUUAUGCUGUGGAGCGCACGGUGUCUCCAGUGCGGGUGCAUAGCCCGGCGCGGUACAUACCAGUUCCUCGUAUUGGCCGGGCUAGAGUGGGCAUCGAGCCAGGUAAGGUUGGGCAGGCUCGGUGCUCAAGAGCUCCAGUGCGCCUGCACGGUCCGGUCUAUCCAGUGCCACCUCCACACACCAGUCCUUCGGUGGCAGCUCCCCGCACCAGGCUUCCUGUGCGUGUUCUCGGCCCAGUACCACCAGUGCCAGCACCACGCAUCAGGCCUACAGUGCGCCUCGCCUGUUUAGCGCUGCCAGAGCCUUUCUCCUCUACAGCGCUGUCGGAGUCACCCGCCUGUUCAGCGCUGCCCGAGCCUUCCUCCUCUCCUGCGCUGCCGGAGCCUCCCGCCUGUUCAGCGCUGCCGGAGCCUUUCUCCUCUCCUGCGCUGCCGGAGUCUCCCGCCUGUUCAGCGCUGCCAGUCUGCAUGGAGCAGCCAGAGCUGUCAGUCUUCAUGGAGCAACCAGAUCUGCCAGUCUGCAUGGAGCAGCCAGAGCUCUCAGUCUGCAUGGAGCAGCAAGAGCUGUCAGUCUGCAUGGAGCAGCCAGAGCUGUCAGUCUGCAUGGAGCAACCAGAGCUGCCAGUCUGCAUGGAGCAGCCAGAGCUGUCAGUCUGCAAGGAGUUGUCAGUCUGCAAGGAGCUGUCAGUCUGCAUGGAGCAGCCAGAGCUGUCAGUCAGCAUGAAGCUUCCAGAUCUACCAGUCAGCCAGACUCUUCCAGAUCUGCCAGUCAGCCAGACUCUUCCAGAUCUGCCAGUCAACCAGACUCUUCCAGAUCCGCCUGUCAACCAGAUUCUUCCAGAUCCGCCAGUCAGCCAGGAUCUGCCAGAACCGCCAGCCAGCCAGGAUCUCCCGGAACCAACUACCUGCCUGAGCUUCCUCUCAGUGCUGAGCUUCCUCUCAGUGCUGGGCUUCCUCUCAGUGCUGGGCUUCCUCUCAGUCCCGAGCUGCCCCUCAGUCCCGAGCUGCCCCUCAGUCCCGAGCUGCCCCUCAGUCCCGAGCUGCCCCUCAGUCCCGAGCUGCCCCUCAGUCCCGAGCUGCCCCUCAGUCCCGAGCUGCCCCUCAGUCCAGUGGGGUUCUGGGUGAGGACUACUAGGCCAUGGUCGGCGGCGAGGGUGGACUAUCCUAGGACGCGAGGGGGAGGAACUAAGACAUUGAUAGAGUGGGGUCCACGUCCCGCGCCGGAACCGCCACCAUGGAUAGGCGCCCACCCGGACCCUCCCUAUUGUUUUCCGGGAGUCCGCACCUUAGGGGGGGGGGGUUCUGUCACGCCCUGGUCGAAGUAUAUUAUGUUUGUCUUCAUUUAUUUGGUCAGGCCAGGGUGUGACAUGGGUUAUUGUGGUGUGAUUUUGUCUUGGGGUUUUGUGGGGUGUCUAGCAUAGUCUAUGGCUGCCUGAGGCGGUCCUCAAUCAGAGUCAGGUGAUUAUCGUUGUCUCUGAUUGGGAACCAUAUUUAGGCAGCCAUAUUCUUUGAGUAUUUCGUGGGUGAUUGUUCCUGUCUCUGUGUUUAUGUUUAUGUUCACCAGAUAGGCUGUAUAGUUUUUCACGUUCCGUUUGUUGUUUUGUAUUUUCUAGUUAUUUCAUGUCGAGUCAUUUUUCAUUAAAGAACAUGAAUAACC